AUGUCCCGCGCCGUCUUCGUCGCCGGUGCCGCCCUGCUGCUGGGCGCCAGCUGCUUUGUGCUGCCGGGCAGCACGCCGCGCGGCGCCCCGGAGGCCCAGGUCUCCACUGGCCGAGCGGCCGGUGCCGCGGCGCCGGAGGCCGAGUCCGCAACCGCAGCCUUCAGCCCGCUUGCCCUGGGUGCUGCCUUGGGCCUGCUGGCCGCGGUGGUGGGCGGCCGCCCGGCUCUGGCCGCGGACCUCGAGAACGGCGAGGCCAUCUUCAACGGCAACUGCACCGCCUGCCAUGCCAACGGCAACAACAGCAUCGUGGCGGAGAAGAAGCUGAAACCAGGAAAGAUCCGGAAAGCGUUGAAUGUCUUCAAUGAUGACAUAUCUUGUCUUCUGAAGAAGGAGGCUUUGGUGCAGUACGGCAAGUACGACGUGCAGGCCAUCAUGAGCCAGGUGACCAACGGCAACGGCGCCAUGCCGGCCUUUGGUGACAAGCUCGGCCCGGAUGACAUCGAGGAUGUGGCCAACUACGUCUACAGCAAGGCCGACAAGUGGUGA